UUUAAAUGAAAUGUUAAAAUUAUUAUUUUUUAUUUUAGCACUUUUCCAGACAUUAACUCCGGGCUCUCGAGAAUUUGAAGAUAUCUUAAAUAUUCUACACUCAUCUUACCUUGAACCAGCCUCUGUAACAAAUUUUAACUACAAACGUGCUUGCUUGAUACACAAUGAACUUUUGGAGAAGGAGUUUACUGAAAAGCGAAGAGAGCUGAAGUUUGAUGGUCGUUUAGAUAAAGAACUUUCAGAAUCCUAUGCCUUUCUAAUGGUUGAUCGUUAUGAGGUUCAAAGUGUAUGUGAAAAAGGAUUACAAGUGGGCCAGUCUAAAAUAACAAUUCUUGGCAAUCCUUCCAUGGGUGUUUAUCUUUCUAGAUAUGCUGAUUUAUUACAAGUGAAUCCCUUGGAAGCUGGGGCAGUGGGUGAUGUUGUUAUUUUUAAAAUAAUGAAGGGUAAAAUAAAGAGUAUUUAUGAUUCCAUGGGUGUAAAAUGUUUGGAUUCUACAACAAAUAAAAGUGCUUUGGACCCAACACCAAAACAUGAAUGCCACGUGUCCAAAAAUGCUAAUAGAAUAACAUCACUUUUGGCUUACAGAGCUUAUGAGCUUACUCAGUAUUAUUUUUAUGAGUAUGGCUUUGAUGAGCUAAGAAGACGACCAAGACAUGUAUGUCCAUAUGCAGUUGUGUCUUUUACUUACAAAGAUGAUGCACAACCUAUGAAAUUUGCAUCUUCAGCAAGAUCUAAUAGCUUGAAUGCAGAUAGACAUACAGAUAAAUUGAACUAUACCUUGUGGAAAGGACAGCUUCUAAAUAAAGGAAAGCUUUUGUGUUAUGUUUCUCUAAGAUCAGCUACUCGUGCAUUUUUGCCUAUCAAACUUCCUGAGAAGCUAGAUGUUGAAGCAGUUAUGAGUAUUGACCAACUGAAACAAAAAAUCCCUCCAGCACUAUUUUAUAAGGAUACAUAUUUAGGUCCAAAUGAAGUUUUGAAGAAUGGGAUGUAUUGCAGUCUUUAUGAAGUAGUAGAAAAGACGAGGAUUGGAAGUAACAUGGAGAGUUUGCUACAAAAUCUUGAAAAGGAUAAACUUGUUCUUGUUAAACCUUUGGGAGAUCGAGGAUAUCUUUUUCUUCUCUCUUCUUGCCAGAUGGUAUCUCCAUAUGAUCAUCAAACUGUCAAGUCUCGAACCCUGAAUGCUUUGUUUCUAUUUCAAGAAUCUAGAAGCGUAACUCCUUCACAAAAAGGUUCAGCCAGUACACCACCACAGGAGAGAGAAGAGAGCAUGCAAGAUAUAUUAAAAAUAACACAGUUUCUACAGUAUGCUUUGAUUCAGUGUCGAAAGGAAUUUAAAAGUAUAAGUACCAUAAAUUUUCAUUCUGUUGUUGAAAAGUAUGUAAGUGAAUUUUUUAAGCGAGGUUUUGGUUCAGGUAAACGGGAAUUUAAUAUGUUUUCGUAUGAUUCACGUCUAGAUGAUAAAAAAUUCUUACAUUCAGCUCCAAAAAAUAAAUCCCAUAUUGAUAAUUGUUUGCACAACUAUAUUUUUGAGCCAGAAAAGUAUCAGUUAUCAAUAUGCAAAGUGAAAGAACUAUUUGAAGAAAAUAGAAAAUUGCAAGAAUUCAGUCCACUUUCAGAUUAUGAAGGCCAAGAAGAAGAAAUGAAUGGUACAAAAAUGAAAUUUGGAAAAAGAAAUAACUCAAGAGGCAAAAUGAUUAAUUCUGGAAAACAGAAGUCAUCGCAUUCUUUGGAUUAUGAUAAGGAUAGAGUCAAAGAAUUGAUUAAUUUGAUUCAGUGUAGGAAAAAAUAUGUGGGUGGAGACUCAGAUACUGAUGACACGCGAAGCAAAACUAUCUUAAAGAGGAAGCUUGAGGAUCUACCCGAGAAUAUGAGAAAGCUUGCCAAAACCAGUAAUUUCUCUGAGAACUGCCAUCUCUAUGAAGAAUCCCCUCAGUCUUUUGGCUUACUUGGGCAUGAGGGUGACUUGAGAUGGCAACAGCAAGAUGCCUCUAACUCUGGCAUUGCUGAUAUUCACAGGAUAUUUAAUUGGCUGUCAGAAAAACUAGCACAUGCACGCCAUUCUGAUGCAACCCUGACAGAGACAGUCAACAAAGCCUUAGGAUUGAGUACUGAUGACUCCCAUGAAGAACUGAGACAAAAGCAUGAGUAUGAAUUGAACUCUACCACAGAUAAGAAAGAGUAUGACCAACAUGCUUUUGCAAAAAUUGAAAAUGUACGUUCUACGGGUACUCAGAGUCCUUUGCUAGAAAUCAAUACAUCAUCUUUAAAACAUCCUGUUGCUGUCUGUACCAGUGAAGCAGGGAGUGACCCUAAACGUUUGAAUGAAGAUUUAAUUAGUGUGAAUAAUUUUGAAGAUUGCAGUUUGUGUCCAGCUGUUUCCAUUAAACGUGGAUCCCGUAAACAAUCUAAGUCAAAUAAUGUGGAAGAGACUGAAAUACAUUGGAAACUUAUUCCAAUCACAGGAGGGAAUGCAAGAAGUCCAGAAGACCAACUGGGGAAACAUGGUGAGAAACAGACACUGGGCAUAACAUCAUCAGAAGACUCGCAGGAGGCCCUUCCCAAAGACCCUCGGAUCAUCAGACCCAGAAGUUCUGAUUGCCGGUUAUCAUCUUCUCCAGUUACAGACACACUAAAGGGCACCACUGAGGAGGACAUGUCAAGAGGUCAGGUGGUUACAGUGGAGGAACCUUGUGUGACAGCAGCAGAGCCUCCUACAGAGAAUGAAACUACAGAGAAGACAGUGUUAGGAGAAUAUAACCUCUUUUCUAGGAAAAUAGAGGAAAUUUUGAAACAAAAGAAUGUUUCUUAUGUCAGCAGAAUUUCCACACCUAUCUUUUCAACACAGAAGAUGAAACGACUUUCAGAAUUCAUAUAUUCUAACACUUCCAAAGCUGGUGUACAGGAGUUUGUGGACGGCUUGCAUGAAAAACUAAAUUCCAUUAUUAUCAAAGCAUCAGCCAAGGGUAAGGAUUUGCCACCAGUCAGUCCUAAAGAUUCUGAUAAUAAGAGAGCACUGAAUACUCUUGGCAGUCAUGUCCUAACAGUUUCUUCAAAUGACUUCAACAACAAACAACUCAUUGAUUCACAUUAUAAAACUUUGAAGGAUACCAACUCAAGUGAGCCGCAUUUCUCUUCAACUUUGGGUUUAACGGAAAUGAACCAACCCCACCAGGCCACAGAGAUAAUGGUGACUUCUGAUCAUACUAUACCUGAUGAUACUGUCAAGGAACCUACAGAAAAAGAAACAACAAAAUCAUCCAAUGAUGUAAACAUUUCUUCCCAACCAGCUCUUUCAAAUUUUAUAAGUCAGCUAGAACCUGAAGUAUUUAAUAGUCUGGUUAAAAUCAUGAAAGAUGUGCAGAAAAAUACUGUGAAGUUUUAUAUUCAUGAAGAAGAGGAGAGUGUGCUCUGUAAAGAGAUAAAGGAAUAUCUUAUAAAAUUAGGUAAUACAGAAUGUCAUCCAGAACAGUUUUUGGAAAGAAGAUCAAAAUUAGAUAAACUAUUGAUUAUUAUUCAAAAUGAAGACAUUGCAGGCUUCAUUCACAAGGUACCUGGUUUGGUGACUUUAAAGAAACUUCCCUGUGUUAGUUUUGCUGGUGUUGAUAGUCUAGAUGAUGUUAAAAAUCAUACAUACAAUGAAUUGUUUGUAUCUGGAGGUCUUAUUGUGUCUGACGAAUCCAUCUUAAACCCAGAAGUUAUCACAAUUGAGAGCCUUAAAAUUUUUUUGACAUUCCUGGAAGAACUUAGUACUCCAGAAGGAAAGUGGCAGUGGAAAAUCCAUUGUAAAUUUCAGAAAAAGCUAAAGGAGCUAGGCAGAUUGAAUGCUAAAGCUCUAAAUCUGUUGAGUCUUCUGAAUAGUUAUCAGAAGAAACAUUUGGUUGAAAUUUUAUCGUACCACAAUUGUGAUUCACAAACCCGGAAUGCUCCAGAAUUGGACUGUCUUAUCAGACUUCAGGCUCAGAACAUCCAGCAACGACACAUGGUCUUUUUAACAGAAAAGAAUAUUAAGAUGCUUUCCAGUUAUACAGAUAAUGGAAUAGUGGUUGCAACUGCAGAAGACUUUAUGCAAAACUUUAAAAAUCUUGUGGGAUAUCACAAUCUACUCACAGAAGAAAGCCUUCCAGUGCUUGGUGUUAAUGAGAAUCUAGAGUCACAGUCAGCUCUUUUAGAAAACGAUGAUGGAAAGGAUGAAGAGGAUAUGUCUCUGGAUUCAGGGGAUGAGAUCUCACAGAUAGAAGUGUGCAGCCAUUUUCACUCAGAAAGAUUGGCGAAAGAGACCAAAGGAUCAUGUGGGAUAGAUCAAAAAAAGAAUAUUCAAACUGAGUUCCAAUCGUCUCGUGACUUGAAAGACAGUUUAUUAGAAGAUAAGACUGGUCAAAUCGGUUCUGAAAAAAGAACUAUCGAUACAGUAAACUCUGCAGCAGAAAACAGCAGUUCAACUGAACGAGAGUCAUAUGGCAACUUCCAGGCUUAUUACAGUCAGUUAAACAUGUCCCACCAGUUUAGUCAUCUUAAUGUUCUCACUCAUCAGACAUUUUUGGGGACAUCUUAUGCCCCUUCAUCAAGUCGUUCUCAAGAAGGGGAGAAUUACUUUUUGUCGGCUUACACUCAGAGCUUGGAUAAAGAGAACUCUCCAUCUCCAUUAAGUUGCAAGAAAAAGUGAUUCUUCCAGGCCUAUUUCAAAAGUGAAAGAA